CGCCCUUAAAAUUUAUUUCAAUUGAGAGGAACUAGAAGCUUCAUUAAGCAAAUCAUGAUCAGAGUUUUCUGUUAAUUAUUUUUAUUUCUUGAGAUCCAAGGAUUCAUUUAAGUUGAUAAGACAUUACUAUUUUCAAUGUUAAGCUAUGCUAAACUAUCCUUAUUAGGAGUUAGAUGAAAGGCUUGUUUUGUAUCAAGUAUUUGGUGAAAUAAAUUUAGGAAUUUUCGAGGCAGCGAGUGCUGUGUUUGCAGUCAUGGCUGAGUCAGCUGAACACAUUCUGCUUCAAUGUCUGAGCAUCCUUACGGGACGAACAGUGGACAGAACUACGCAGUUGAUUGAUGACGCAGUGUUCACUCUGGUUGUCUCCAAGCUCAAAUUACAGAUUGAUGGUGGACAAAGCUUGAAAGCGGCUGCUCCAGCUCUCAAAAACUUAAUCAAAGAGCAUUUCCUUGAUGACCUCAUCGAUUUCGAUGAAGCUGCAAGUGGCAACUCAAACGAGCUUGUCAAGCUGUUAUUGCUACUCUUGUACGUGGCCUUCAUAACAGACAGGGAUGUGAUGUUGCUGCUUUCUGAUGCUCUGCCUUGUCACCUCCAACUCAAGGUGAAGUAUCUGUUCGAGUGUGUGCAGAAGAGAGGCUCGGGUCUCAGCAAGAAAUAUCUAAGUGUGCUGGCUGCGGAGACUCUCGCGGGCAAAAGCAGUGCUGGGCAAGAGGUCAGGUGGUCGCUGGGCUCUCCAAGGGUCUACUCCAGCUCUCCUAAGGCUUCUUCUCUUCAGUCGCCGCUCAAAGAACUAGUGCAGAGUCCAGACUUCGUCGUUCAACGCAAGCUGGAGCAAAGAGUGCGGGAGGUGAAGCGCCUGAGCAAGGAACUCAACGUCCUGGAGAAUGAGAAGCAAGAUUGGUUGCUCGAACAGGAAAUUUCUAAAAAGAAAACUGCCCAACUAGUGCGAGAAGUACAGAAGGUGCGGCAGCUGCUAGCAGAUGUGACGAAAGAGAAAGAAAAUGCGGAGAGCCUUGCACUCUCUGGAGCUGAUCAAAUACAUGAACAGGCACAGCGGCUGGGCCGAGAAUUGUCGCUUGCCCACAAAGAGAACAGCAGUCUUCAGAAGGCGCUAAAUGAUCUCCAAGACGCUCACGAUCAACUACUUACUAAAGAGCAGCUGACGAGCGGACUGCUUGAUAAGGCCCGUGCAGAGCGGCAGUCGCUGGCCGCAGAGCUCCUGAUGCUGCUGGAGCAGCACCAAGUCACGGCCGCCGCCAUCGACGAGCGCGACGUUCUCUUGAGGGAAAGAGCUCAGCUGGAAGAGCAGCUGCAGGAGCUCUGCCACAAGCCUUACGACCGGACCAUUGAGCCUGAGGACUGCGUGGCCUCGCCCGCCUCCAGGACCUGUGAGAUGUCCUCCAGCUCUCCUCCUGCCUCACCUGCAGGCGAGAACAUGGGCGAAGCAGUAGUGGACCUGAUGCUGCAGGAGGCCAAGGAAGAGCUCACACAAGCCAGAACUCAGCUGCAACACACAAGUCAGGAGCUUACACAAGCACAAACUUGUCUGCAAGAGUGGAAGUCCAAGCAGCUGCAGACAAACGAAGAGCUUGUACAGACACAGGGUCAGCUACAGACUACGCGUGAGCAGCUCGAUGCUAUGGAGAAGACUCACGCUGACUUGGUCAAUAAACACGCGUCUGUUCUACAGAAACACGAGCACGACCAGCUCCAGUGGCAGGCGCAGUCGGAGUCUCUGCUCGCGUCCCAAGAAAGUUUGAAGGCUGAGCUCGAGGAGCAGAGCCGCUACCACUCGGCCGUGCAGGAGCUGCUGAGCAAGGAGGUGCAGCAGCUGCAGUGUCAGCUGAUGGAGGCCGCGGCUGUCUCAGCUACCGAUGCCGGGCCAGCGACCGUCCCACCGUCCCACGUCUGUCAUGCUGACGGGUCUACGCUCAACAAGACAGUUGAACGAGUCAAGGCAGAACUCGAGACACAGAUUGUGUCCAUGCAGGCUCAGUUCACGUUGAUGAAAGACGCAGUCACUCACCUGAAGGAAAAUCUAGACCACGCCGCAACUGCUAUCCAGCGCAAAGAUCAUGAUCUCUCCAUGGCACAUUCUCGCGCAGAGAAAGCUGAAUGUCAGCUUGCUGAUAUUCAGCGUGAGAUGACUGAGGCAAGAGCUGCAGCGGAGACCGAGAUCUUAAAGCUGCAGAGCGAGCUCACUGAAGCACGAGCUUCAGGUGAAGCUCAGCAGCGCUGCAUAACUGAAGCAGAGCAUCAGACGCAGCAGCUGCAGCAACAGAUCAAGGAAGUCCUGCGUUCGAUGAGUGGCAAGGAGGAGACGGCAAGAGUGGCUGAAGCGCGACUUAAAGAGAAGAUGGGCGUGUUGGAGGCGUGUCGUGCUCGUCACGAACAGAAGCUUCUGGAAGCACAGACUCUCAUUGAGAGCGGCGCUGCUGAAAACUCCGGUCUUCUGCAAAAGAUGAAUCAGGCUCUGCAGCUGCAAAAACAACUGCAGAAUGAUCUUGAUGUCAUGCAAAAACAGCACGUGGAGGAGAUUAAAAGUAAAGAAGAUCUGCUCAGGGAGCUUGGUGAAUGCAAGAGUCAGUGGGACGAUGAAAAACAGCGGUUACAGGCUCGUACUGAAGACCUAACGACGCAGCUCUCGGUGGUGACCCAAAAUGUGGAGACGUUGAGCUCACAGUUACGGGAUCUGGAGAAAAAAAGGCACGCAGAACUGCUAGUGUCGCAACAGAAAGAGAAUGAAGCGCAAGAGUGCCGGAACUUGUUGCUUGAUGAACACAAAAGCGCGUUAGAGAAAUUGAAUGUGGAGAAGGAAGAACUGAACGUGGCGUUGCAGUCUUCGCGAGAGGAAGUUCAUCGGCUCUCGUCGUCCGUGUCCUGCAAGGAUGAGUUGCUCCUUCAAGCCCACGCCGAAUCAAGUCGUUAUGCAGUGAAGUGCGAAGAGCUUCAAAAGACAAUCGAGUCAUUGAAGAUUGAUAACUCCAAGGCAGUGGAGUGUUACGAGUUCAAAAUUGAAGAACUCGUGAAAGAAGUUUCAUGCCUCAAAUCGGAUAAAGCCGCGGCGACUGAACUCCAUAAAGUUCAGUCACAGGAACUCGAAUUUAUCAACAAUGACUUGAAAGACGUUAAGCAAACGUGCGCGAGUCUCGAGGAGGCACUCAACAAUGACAAAGCAACUCACAUGGAGGCCCUCAGGGACAAAGAUGAGAAACACAAGAGGGAAAUUCUGAAAAUUAACACCCAGCACCAAGAAGAGCUCAAGAAUCUUGAGAGCAGUUGGGAAAGUCGAGUUGCGGAAAAAACGGAGCUUUUGACACACCUGCAAGCGCAACAUUCCAAGCUGUUUGAAGAGCACCAGGGUCAGGAGGAGGCCAACAGAGUCCGCGUGAGUGAGCUGCUGAGCAAUGUAACUAACCUUCAGUUGGAGAAAAAGGCUGCUGAAGAGCAGCACACUGCAUCGCUCUCCUCCAUUAGCGCUGACUGCGAGAAGACAAGGGCUCACUGCAAGGUUUUGGAAUGUCGAAUUCAGGAGAUCACUCUUGCCCAGGAAAUGCUCAAGAUCGAAUUAUCUCAGCAAAACAGAAAGCAUGAAGAAGUUGCGUCACAACUAAAACUGCAAGUUCAAAAUUUGGAGGACAACAAUACAAAGUAUGAGUUGGAAGUUAAGCAGCGCAAUUGCGAACUUGAAGAAAGCUCUAGGCUUUUAGAGGAAGUUCGAGCUGACCUCAAGACUAAAGAAAAGGCGUGUCAAGAUCUUGAGACCCAGAUAAAGACUCUAAAAGAGGAACGAAGUGAAGAGGUGUGCUCGCUAGAAGAUCAGAUAACGCAUCUCAAUAAUCAAAUUGAGAAAUUAAAUGAAGAGUUUGAUUCUAAGGCGAAACAACACCAAUCCCAAGUUUUAGCUCUAAGUGAGGAAAACAUGAAGACGGUCCAUGAAAUAAAGGAUACUUAUGAGCGAGAAAUUGGACUUAUUAACGAUCUGAUAACACCAAAUAAGGUUGGGAAAUCAACAAUCUUGGACAAGGGUGCUAGUGGUGCUGAUCGCCUUCAGGCCCUGCGCGAUGAUGUGGCUGAAAUAAUUACUGAUAAAACCUUAUUGGAACAGCAGCUCGCUGCCCUCCUGAAAGAAAAAUCUCUUGAGAAGGAUCUCACAGAUAAAUUGUCGUUUGAGAAGAGCAGAGAAUUGUCUGACCUCCAGGAAACAUUUCAAGCUAAAAUUUCUGAGGCUGAGCUCGCAGUGAAAUUACUUGAAGAUAAAUUACGAGAAAAAACUGCUGAGAUUGAUUCCGCGAGUGAGACUUUAUGUAAUAAGGAAAAGCAGCUCAUUGAAUGCAAAGAAGAACACUCCAGAAACAUUUUGCAGCUAAAAGCUGAUCAUGAAAAGCGUGUUAACGAAAUAACUGCGGAGCUUAAAAUGGAUGUGACAAAUUUAUCAAGGCAACUUGAACUGACAAGCAUUCAUGAGCGAGAGAAAGCCGCGUCUGAAAGCUUGCAGUUCGUCACCGACUUGAAGGCGAAGAUAAACUCUUGUGAGCAACGUUGCCAGGCGCUGGAGGCUGAGAAGCGUUCGCUUGAGCAAGCCUUGAGGGAAUCAGCCAGCGUCAAAUCGGACUUGGAAAUUAGGAUUUUGGAGCUCGAGGAACAGCUGAAAACUUGGAAAAAGCGUUUGAUCGAUAAAGAUCAAACUGUAAGUGAUGCAUUGAAAAAGCAAGUGGAGCUUCAACAGCAAGUGGAGAACGAGAAGCAACGAGCUCUGGCGUCGCAGGCUGAAGUUACUCAAGCAAGAAAUCAAGUUCAAGAGCUUGUGCUGGAGAACGCCUCCCUGCUCUCGUUCAGGCAGCAGAAGGAGAAAGAGAUGAGUGCAGGUGAAGCAGAGCUAUUACAGCUUCAGGAUCGGUUGGUGCAGCUCCAGAACAAACUACAGCGGACCGAAGCUGCGCUCAUUGAUAAAGAAAAAGACGUUGCAGAAGCUAAGGAGGACGUUUUGCGCGUGCAGCGGGAGUCUGAACUCAGCACUCGCAGCCUGCAGGAGGAGAUGAGUGCACUCAAGCUCAAGUACAAGGCGGACAAACAAGCCUACUCAGAUAAGAUGAAAAACAUUUUCAAAGACCAGAUUGAGAAACUGAUGGCUGAGGUGCAGAAAUACAAGAGCAUAUCCGAUGACAACAGCUUGCUGGCACACAAAUAUGAAGCCGCUAAAAACAAACUAGCAAAAGCUUACGCUGAUCUCAACGAUGCCACGAGAGCCAAGGAUGACUACCUCAGGCAGACAACUCAGCUUACCGAGCACACCAAGUCACUUCGGGAGAGCCUGGAGCACGAGCAGAAGCUGCGGCAAGAGGCUGAGAGCGCCGUGGAGGAGCUACGCGCUACAGUCACGCAGCUGCAGCAGGCGGAGAGCGCCGUGGAGGGACUUAAGGCCAAAGUCACGCAGCAGCAGCAGAUGCUAAAGACCAUCACUGCUGAACGACGCACCCUGCGCGCUAAGCUCUCCACUGCUGACUCGCAGUUACGGCUCAUGGACAGGAACUGGAACAGGGAGAGCUUAGGGGGCAAACAAGACGCAGGCAGCAUUAGAAAUGCCCUGUCUGAGUCCACGUUGUGCUCCCCUCGUCCCUGCGCUGCUGCAGUUUCUCGAGCAGCUCCUGGCGAUGCUCGUCCGACUACGACACAGAAACAAGCUGGGGGCAAUACCGAGCGGCAAAGAAGUGCUGCUUUCACAGCCAGCUACAGGAAAGCUGUUGGUCGAACCACCCGAAGCUCUCGUGCCUCGUCGUCUGCUGACGAUGAUCUUCUGGACGGCUCCGAUGUGCCGCUGUUGUCCGAGUCUCGCUCUGAUCAGCACUUGGAGUCGAGCGGCCUCGUUGAAGGACUGUUCCGCAAGCCUUCGAUCCGCAUCCAUGGUCCCGAGGUGAGAGGCAAAACGCGCGCGCCAGUCGAGCUGCGGUCGCUGAUCUGCAAUGCCGGCGAGGACGAUCACAGCGGAGGUGAUGCCCCUCAGGCCUGGCAGGAGGGAGAGAAGCGCCUUCAGGAAGAGCAGCAGCGCAAAGCCGGCGAGGCUGAACGCAAAAAACUACUUGCUCGCCAGAAGGACGGCCGACGCAUGACAGUUGAUGGCCGUAUACUGCCGGACGGUGAUGGGAGGCGCCAGUCUCUGAGCCUAGACAGAGCAUCAGGGCGCUCUGUGCCUCGCGGUUUGGGAUCCUUCUUCAAUUGUGAGGACGAAGAUCAAGAAUUCUUCAGCAAUAAGUACCUGCAUGAAAUGAAGGUGGGCCUCUGUGAGGUGGACGAUGAUCACGACCCGCGGCUGUCGGAGCUGCAGCGCCGCAACUCCCUCUACCCUCCACACAUGCGCUGCUCCUACGCCGCCGAGCUGCAGUACAACCCCCACCAGGAUAAGGUGGACCCCAUCGCUUGUGCAUCGUUGAUGACCAAGAAGGAGCUGGGUGUUGAAGAUUUAGAGUCUGCCACUGAACGUCUGGUUAUUGAGUCUCCAGCCUUCAAUCUGCGCAAACGAACUCUUUCUGAUUCGUUUACGUCAAGCAGCUCCCUUGACAUCUCGUUUGGCAAGAAAGUUCGACGGCUGUCCACUUCAUAUUCUCGUCCUGGCCCGCCCACGCCUGGUCGUAAGAGCAUCGGUCGCGCCGACAAGGAGAACAGGAGAAUAAGCCUACGGUCGCAAGGGGCGUCCCCCUCCAGCCGUUCUCUGGGCUCGUGUUCAUCCUCGUCGGCGCUGCCGCACGCUCCUGUCAGCAGACGCGUGUCACAAUCUCCUUCACUUUCCGUCAUCCAACCUACGCCUGCCAAGCUGGUUCAUGCUAAACCUGCCUCGCCUACUGCGAGAAGCAUGAGUGGCGGGUCGUCGAGUUCUCCCGACAAGGAGGUCACUGUGAGCAGUCGAGGGCGAGCAACUCCCGCCGCCCGCCGCUCUCAUCUUCCCCACACCCCCGCCAGCAUCAAGCGACUCAUCAGGGGCAAGAGUCCCUGGAAGAAACUUACUGAUGCUAGCGAGACUCCUAAAGCAGACGCCAAGCUCAAGAUUUUCCGAAGACCAUUUGGCUCUAAAAAUUACAAUGUACUCUCAGCUUCUCAAAGGGAGCGCGAAGGUCCUGAUGCAGCCGCUGUCCAGCCAUCGCAGGCGACGUCAAGUAAAGGCCCGCAAACAUCAGGCAACCGCGCGCGCCGCCACAACAACACGUGUGUCUGAGGGAGGCGCCUGCCGUGCUUGUCGGUUAAUUCACUCUCUCGUCGGACCUCACGGGAGGCAGAUUAACAUUGUUGUUUCUAGGGACAAAAAUUAAGUACUGAGAACAACCAAUGAUCUCGGUGACACACGCGUCACUAUUAAAGUCUUUAAGGUUGUGAUUUUAAUGUUUGACUGCCAAAUUAAGGCAGAUUCUUUGGAAAAAAUAUCUCAGCUGUAUUCGUUGGAAAUGUUAUACCCAUGAAUGUUAGGAGUAAUUUCUCUACUUUCUUUCUUCCUUUCCUCUCCUUUCUUUCUUGGAUUUCUCUUUGCUAAGCUUCGAAGAAAUAACGUCUUUUUAGAAUUUAAUGAGUAGGCUCACAGAAGUUACUCUGUUCCAGCGUAGACACUGUGAGGAUAGCUAUUUCUUAUUGUUUCGCUUAAUAUGCUUUUAAGCGUUGCAGUAAACGCUAGAUUUUAUUGCAAGCAUGAACUUGUAGAUGUUAACUUUUACAAAUAAUCUCGUGUUUUUUUCUGUUGUGCAAUUCUUUUUAUCAAACCUUUUCGAUGGCUUUGCAUUUCAGUUUUAAGUCUUGGCAGGCCAGAGUUCCCUGGAGAUGCGAUCUUUUAUUUUUGGCAGAUUUAUUAAAUGAUCGUUGAAUUGAUCCUUUACUCCGAAACACAGGAGUAUAAAUCCGAAUAUUACAAUGUAACGUAGUUUAAGUCUUACAAUAUGAUCCGAGUUUGGUCGUCUAUUUCAGUGGAAUGUAGUUCAUGCUGCUCUCAAUAAGUCAGAUCACCAAUAUUGAAUUCGAUCAACGAAUGUCUUUAAUGCUUUAUUACGUGACCGAGCGGCUAGAUCAAUACAAUUCUUUAGCGAACCUGAUCAACUUCUUUCACAACUGUAAGAAAUGUGACGCUAAAAAAUUUAAACUUACGGCCAGUUGAUCUAUGUAUUAAUAGCUAAUUUUUCUACAUUCUUGGUUUAUUUUACUAGGUUUUUAUUUCAAUAAAUCCUAUUU